UGAAGAAAGUGAGAGAAUCUCAGUGAGGCAUUCCUAUCAUCAUGCUUAUAGGGGCUUUUGUUCCUUGCUUACAGAGGACGAAGCCAUCCUAUUAUCAGGUCAUGAGGAGGUUGUAUCAGUUUUUCCAGAUCCCGUUCUUCAACUUCACACAACACGCUCCUGGGAUUUUUUGGGUCUUGAAUCUUCUUAUUAUUCCAGAUCCUCUGGCUAUCACUACAAGCAUGGUUCAUCUUUUGAUGUUAUUAUUGGAGUUAUUGACACAGGCAUAUGGCCCGAGUCACCUAGUUUUGAUGACCAACAUAUUGGUAAAGUACCAUCAAGAUGGAAAGGAGUCUGCAUGGAAGGAUUUGACUUCUACAAGUCAAACUGCAAUAGGAAGUUGAUAGGAGCAAGGUUUUACAAUAUUGAAGAUCAAGAGUCCACCUUCACAAAAUUACCUAACAUUAGCACUACAAUACCAUCAAAACCAAAUGGAACACCAAGGGACAAAGUAGGGCAUGGAACAAACACAGCUUCAAUAGCAGCAGGUGCAAUUGUCCCUAAUGCCAAUUACUAUGGCCUAGCAAAUGGCACAGCUAGGGGAGGGUUACCUUCUGCUAGGAUUGCAACUUACAAAGCAUGUUCAGAAGGAAAUUGUCAAGGCUCUGCAAUACUCAAAGCUAUUGAUGAUGCAAUUAAAGAUGGAGUUGACAUUAUUUCCAUUUCCAUUGGGAGAAGUUUUGUGUUUCAAACUGACUUUAAAGAUGAUCCUAUUGCCAUUGGGGCUUUUCAUGCUGCUGAAAGAGGAGUUGUGGUUGUUUGUUCUGCUGGGAAUGAAGGACCUGAUCCUUACACUGUUACCAACUCUGCUCCCUGGAUUUUCACUGUUGCUGCUUCUACUAUUGAUAGAAAAUUUCAGUCCACUAUUGUUCUGGGAAACAAUGUCUCUUUGAAGGGAUCAGGAAUAAGUUACAAUCCUACUGGUCGCUCUCGCUCCAGAACUUAUCCCCUUGCUUUCGGUGAAAACAUUCCUUUCCACCCCUCGUUAACUUCUCAAGCCAGGAAUUGUAUGCCAGGGUCAUUGGAUGCUAAAAGAGUUGCCGGGAAAAUAAUUGUUUGCAUGAAUGAUGACUGGACAAUAUCAAGAGAAAUCAAGAAAUUGGUUGUGCAAGAUGCCAAUGCAAAGGGUCUGAUUUUAAUUGACGAGGCAGAGAAACGUUCACCAUUUGAUUCAGGCAACUUCCCCUUUGCUGAAGUUGGAAAGUUGCCUGGGGCUCAAAUUCUUCAAUAUAUUAAUUCCUCCCAGAACCCAUUGGCAACUAUAUUUCCGGCAAAUGAGAUUCGAAGGUUUAAGCCAGCUCCAGUAGUCGCAGAUUUUUCUUCACGCGGACCCGCAACACUAACCGAAAAUAUUCUUAAGCCUGAUAUAAGUGCUCCUGGUGUUGGCAUAUUAUCGGCAAUGAUUCCAAAGGUUGAUGAAGUGAGUAGUAAUCUUUUACCAGAAAAAAAAUCAACAUCCUUAUUUGGCAUCACAUCUGGAACAUCUAUGGCCUGUCCACAUGUUACUGGAGCUAUGUCCUUCAUUAAAUCAAUACACCGUACAUGGAGCUUCUCAAUGAUCAAAUCUGCAAUCAUGACAACAGCAACAGUAUCCAACAAUUUGAGGAAGCACUUGACAAACACGUCAGGUCUUUAUUCAAAUCCACAUGAAAUAGGUGCUGGGGAAUUAAGCCCAAUUAAAGCUCUAGAUCCAGGGUUAGUAUUUGAAACGACCAUGACUGACUACUACAACUUCCUAUGUUAUUACGGGUACAAAGAAAAACAACUUAGAUUAGUAGCAUCAAAGAAUUAUAAGAAUUUCGAUUGCCCAAGAAAUGCUAGUACUAGUAAAAAGGAACUCAUAUCAAACAUAAAUUACCCUUCAAUCUCUAUAGAAAAACUUAAGCAAAAUCAGGGGGUUGUGAAAGUGAAAAGAGUUGCGACGAAUGUUGGUUCAGAUCGAAAUGCCACGUAUACUUCUUCAACCAUUGCUCCACCUGGUUUGGUUGUUAGGGUUUCUCCGAAAAAGAUUGUCUUUGUGAAAGGAAUAAAGAAAGCUUCUUUUGAAAUCUCAUUUGAUGGUAAGAAAGCAUCAAAGGGUUACAAUUUUGGGAUUAUAACGUGGUCGGAUGGCUCUCAUAAAGUUCAGAUGAUAUUUGCAGUCAACAUUGAAUAAUUUUUAAUUUGUAUUUUGUAAAGGGAGGAGAUAUAUCAUUUUGCAAUUUGUAUUUUGUAGAGGGAGGAGAUAUGUAUCAUUGCCUUAAUUUAUAGCUGAUCGGAACAAAAUAAUGCCAAUUUUCAGUUCCAGUAAUGUUCUUAUGACCAUCAAAACUAGUAAAAAUUAAGAAUUUCUACAUGGCAGGUA